ACUGGGCUUCUUUCUAUCCUUGUCCGAUCCCUGAAUCCCCUGCUUCGACGGUGCAAAGAGGAAACCUCUAGGCAAAUCCCAACUCCUUUCCUUGCAAUUCCAAUUCCAAUUCCAAUUCCAAUUCAUCCGUAGAAUUACCACCUUCUAAUAUCUCCUGCGCCCACAGCAACCCUCCCCCCACCACGCCACAGAAGGAAAGCAAUUGUUCUCCAGGAUGUUUAACGUCAAUCCCUACCCGCUAUUCCAGCUAUUCCUGCUAUUCUUAUUAUUCCACCCGAAUGUCUCUGCUCGCGAAUCCGCGUCCGCCCUCCUCACCGACCGCUUUAUUCUCCACUCUCCCUCGUCCGGUUCCUCCUCGGCUCCCCAGGAAUAUAUUGACCCCACCCGCCCUUCUCUUCUCCUCCCCGACGGCCCUCCUUCUUGCUCCCUUCCGGUCCUCCGCCACGACUUCGCCAACACCUACGGCUCCCCGCCGGCCUCCGCCACCUACUCACCGCCGGCCGACUGCCCCGCCCCAUGGGCUCACGUCGUCCUCGACCUCUCCGUCGCCUGCGCCGGGGAUCAGUACGACCGCAUCGCCGCCGUGUGGCUCGACGGCGCCGAGCUACUACGCACCAGCACCGCGGAGCCCACCGAGUCCGGCGUCUUCUGGCGCGUUCGCAAGGACGUCACCCGCUACUCCGCCCUCCUCCGCCGCUCCAACGCCAGCGUCGCGAUGAUGCUCGAGAACAUCGUCAAUGACGUCUAUACUGGCGUCUACCAUGUGAACGUCUCUCUUGAUUUCUAUCAGGAGGAGGAGAAGCGGCGGCGGCGGCCGAGUGGAGAACCAUUAGCGCUGGGGUUUUUCCCUCAAGAUUCCAGUGGUUUGAUUACUGCAGAGGUGGAAUUGGGUCGAAUUGAGGAAAGAUUAGAUUUUUCUUCAGUGGAAGCUGGUAAUCCUCUCACAAGCAAGGCAAAGGUGCCCUCUUUGUAUGAAGAGCCGGCUGAUCUCAUUAUCCCCAUCUCUAACGAAGACAGCGCUGGGGGUUUCUGGUUCCGAAUUCAGAACGAAUCCGAUGCGCAUUUCAAGAACUUCAAAAUCCCAAACAAUACUUACAUGGCAGUACUUGAAAUCUAUGUCUCAUACCAUUCUAAUGAUGAGUUCUGGUACUCCAAUCCUCCUGAUGAAUACAUCAAGAAGAACAAUCUCACUACUGGAAGAGGCAAUGGCUCAUUUCGAGAGGUUGUCGCAAAAAUUGAUGGGCAAUUCGUCGGCUCAGUCGUGCCUUUCCCUGUUAUAUUCACCGGAGGGAUCAACCCAUUGUUCUGGGCACCAGUUGUUUCCCUUGGGGCAUUCGAUCUUCCAUCCUACAAUGUAGACCUGACACCAUUCCUCGGCCUUCUCUUAGAUGGCCAGUUGCACAAUGUCAGCCUCGGGGUGACUGAUGGUAUAGACUUUUGGCUUGUGGAUGCCAAUUUGCACCUCUGGUUGGAUCCACACUUAGAUUCAGUCACCGCCGAGCUUGUCAGUUACAAAGCCCCGGAGAUCUCCGUCUCCCGCCGUUACAUGUUUCACUUGCUGAAUGGGACAUUCAAGAUAGAAGCUGGGAGGAAGAUUCACUUCUCUGGCUGGGUGAAUUCAUCCUUGGGGAAUCUUACCACUGAUGUAGAUCAGAAGCUAAAGUACAAGAGUUUAAUAGAAUUUAUGAAUGAUGGGAACUACAAGGGAGUUCAUAUGAAGGGGAAGGUGAAGACUGAUGUAAGGAUUAGAACAGGCCCAAAGGCCAUUCUAUCUCAGGGAACUUACAAGUCCAAAUAUCCUCUUCUGAUAGCAACUUUGGCUCUGCCUGGGGAAAAUAACACAUAUACAUCGAAGACAAAUCUUACUCAUACUUUGUAUGAGGAAUACACCCUUCUGCGGGAUAAAGUGGUCACUACAAGUGCUCUAGUUGAUAGGCAGGAUGCUGAGGGCUGGAUGCUGGUCCAAGAUCAUUCUGUUCUAUCUGGUUCAGCAGGCACUCGUCAGACAUACCAGUACCGGGAUGACAAUGGUUCCUAUUUGCGCAAGGUCAGUGCUAGAGAUGGUGUGCUUCUAAGUGACAAUACAACCAGUUCUUACCUUGUUGCCUCAUUGUAAUAUGUUUUCCUUUUAUCUUCUAAUCUAGAUGUUUAUAUAUGCAUAACUUAGGGUGUUUGCUUUUGCUUUCAACCUGAUGGGUUUGACCUCCCUCAUUUUGUAUUCUGCUGUAUUUUGUACUCAUAUGGUUCCUAGUAUGUUUGAAUAAAGCAUGGUCUUUUCGGGGGGAGAUCAAACAUCAAAGUUGUGUCCUUGGAUCUAAUAUAUCUGCAUUUUAA